GCGAAGGAGAUCCUCUCAAAGGAAUCAAAUGUCCAGGAGGUGAAAUGUCCAGUCACAGUGUGCGGAGAUGUACACGGACAGUUCCAUGAUUUGAUGGAAUUGUUCCGGAUAGGUGGUAAAUCGCCUGAUACAAAUUACUUAUUUAUGGGUGAUUAUGUUGAUCGUGGCUACUAUUCGGUGGAAACCGUCACUUUGCUGGUAGCAUUAAAGGUUCGUUACCGAGAAAGAAUUACAAUUCUGCGUGGCAACCAUGAAUCGCGACAAAUUACGCAAGUUUACGGAUUCUACGAUGAAUGCCUGCGAAAAUAUGGCAAUGCAAAUGUUUGGAAGUACUUUACUGAUUUAUUUGAUUACUUACCAUUGACGGCAUUGGUCGAUGGACAAAUAUUUUGUUUGCAUGGCGGUCUCAGUCCAUCUAUCGAUAGUUUGGAUCAUAUUCGUGCUUUGGAUCGUCUUCAAGAGGUGCCACACGAGGGCCCCAUGUGCGACCUACUAUGGUCUGACCCUGACGAUAGGGGCGGCUGGGGAAUUUCACCACGUGGUGCCGGCUACACAUUUGGUCAGGAUAUUUCGGAAACGUUCAACAACACAAAUGGACUGACACUGGUAUCACGCGCUCAUCAGUUAGUCAUGGAAGGAUAUAAUUGGUGCCAUGAUCGAAAUGUUGUUACAAUAUUCUCAGCGCCAAAUUAUUGCUAUCGCUGCGGCAAUCAGGCGGCUCUAAUGGAAUUAGAUGAUUCACUGAAGUUUUCAUUCCUACAAUUUGACCCAGCACCUCGUCGUGGUGAACCUCACGUUACACGAAGAACACCAGAUUAUUUCCUAUAAGAGAAUUCUUCACACAUUUACAUAUAUUAUACAAACAUUUAUAUAAAUGCAAAAAACAACAGAAAAACAACAAAUACAAAAUUAUUUAUAUAAAUUAAACUCCAACCAUACGAAAUGAUGGAAACAAUAAAAACUAAGUAAAGUGACUGUAGUUGAAGUGAAAGGAUAUAACUGGAAAGUAUAACACCACAGCUAUCAGCAACGAUAAAUAUUUGCUUGCCGAAAUAGGAGCGGCACUAACAAGAUAUCUUGUAAUAUAACAUCAGAUUAAAAAAAAAAAACAUAGAAGUAUGUUUAUUUACUGGCUUUAGUUAUGGCUUGCAAAAGGCAGUCAAAUACGAGAAAAUUUGUUAAGGGCAAAUCUAAAGGACAGCAUACAUAGUCCACUCUUUAGUUAAAUUUAUAAAAGAUCCGCUGGUACAGACUCACACCCAAUUAUCAAUUAACCAUAACAACUAACGCGACGUGAUCAGCGCUAAAGAGAGGCACGCGGAGGAUAAAAAAAUAAAUUUAAUCAAAUAUUCAUACAAAAAACCGAUAAUACACAUAGAAUACAACAAUUAAUAACAUAAAUUAUAAUUUAUUACAAAAAGUUAAAUUAAAAUUUGUAAGAUUGAGAUAACUUCUAGAUAUCACAACUAGACAUAGCCUUGACGCCCAUUUAACUUGUUCAAGGGUAAAUAGGAUCGUUACAUUUAAAAAAAUCAACAAAUGCUAGCAAAAAAAUCUAUGCAUCUUUAAAAAAUUAGCUAAAACAUAGCGAGGUGGCGUGGGCUUGCAAUCUACAAUACAAUCGGAACUGGAACAGAACUGACUAGCGAACGCAAGAUAAACGACAAAGAGUUUGUAGCGUGUAGGGCUUUACACAAAACACAGAUGCA